AACGAACCGUAUAUGUGAGUUGGUGGCGAAAAAGAGGAUUACAUUUUAUUAAGUUUCAAAUCUACACUAUUUGCGAGAGUUGUUUACUACGCCAUCUUAGUCUCUUACUUUCAGAACAAAAGAUAACGUCGUGUGCAAAGUACAAUAGAUAUCGUCAGUGUGACUCACAAAAGAAUUUUACGUGGAUAAUAUAUUUCAACGGUAUAUUUAAAAGAAUGACAUCUGGAAAAAUUACUGAAGUAGAUUCGGAUUAGAGCUUCUUUCAUUACCUUCUUUUAUGACCAACAGAUGACCUCCUCCCCAUUAGCCACACAUGUCAGUUUUAAUUAGAAACAGCUAUCCCCCCCCCCGUUUCGUCGCAGUCGGAGCUUAUCGCAGUCGAUAUGUUAAGUCAACAAAAGGAAGGAAAACUCAGCUUAUUGCAUCGCACAAAACGCUUAGACUGGUAGCGUAGCCCUUGGAUUUGUCAAAAAAAACGAUGUUUUGUAUGUGUUUUACAUUUAUCUUUUUGAUAUAUUUUGUGACAUGCGCAGAAGUAGUGAUAGAUUUUGACGGUGGUUACAAAAACGUGCUGGUGGCUGUAAAUCCCGAAAUUUCAGAAACGAAAAUACAACAACUUCUACUUGAUCUCGAAAGAACAUUCAAAGAAGCUUCCGAUAUUCUUCAGUCAGCAACUCGUGGACAGGUGUUCUUUAAAGAAGUAAUUUUCCUCAUUCCGAAAAGGUAUUCUUCAAUUUCACCUAGCCGGAAAUGGAUAAAGUACAACCAAGAAUCAAAACAUCCAGAUAUAUUCAUUACUAAUAAUGAUCUUUUUGACAAUCCAUAUACAAUUCAACAUGCCGGAUGCGGAAAGCAAGGUCUUCGAAUACAUAUUCCUAGUAAAUUUUUAACCAGCGCCAAAAGCAGUAAAGCUAAAGCUCUGGUUCGUGAAUGGGCUCAUUAUAGGUACGGAGUAUUCGAUGAAAAUGGCUAUCCAGGCGACGAACUCUUUCCUUCUUGUUACAAGAUACCGGGAUCAGAUAUCACCCAUGUCACCAGCUGUACGAAUGAGAAAGCUAUUUACGAGUUCAGGUACAACAGAAAUCAGAUAAACUCUGAAGUAAAAGAGGAUAACAUUUCUGCUACUUGUAAUCCGAUUCCUGUACGUGGAAGAAAUGAUCGCAUUCAGUCAUCCCUAAUGGAUAAAGUGGAAUUCCCUAAGGCGACUCAUUUUUGCGACGAUGAAGGUUACCCUCACAAUAGAAAUGCCCUAUCAAAGCAUAAUGCAUUUUGCAAGGAACAAAGUACAUGGAAAGUUAUUUCCCAGCAUGAUGACUUCCGAUCUAAAAGGAAAGGAAAGCAUAAUAAUGUUGUAUCUUUCAAGUACGUGAUGGAAUCAGAGCCUCGAUUUAUUGUAGCAGUAGAUUCAUCUAAAAAUAUGACGUUAUAUGACAGAUUAGAUCUUUUGCGAAAUGCAUUUUCCUAUUUUUUGCUGUACAGUAUGCCAGAAAAUUCAACUGCUGGACUUAUCAAUCUACGAAACACAAGCGACAAUCCUUUGCUCAUCAAUUUACAAAACCAGGCUGACGCUGAAAGACUUAUUGAUGCCUUUCCAGAAGCUUCUGGAGAAGAUAGUGUGUGCGUGGAAUGUGGAAUAUCCAAAGGACUGAAGGCAUUUCAACAAUAUGGAGAGAUAGUGAUUGCAACUGCCACCGACAUAACAGAAGAAACUUACAAAAAUGUGGCGAGAAUGUUAGACUCAAAAAAACUUCCAAUUCAUAUUCUCUUUUUCAAGAAAAGACUGAAGGAACCUCCUUUGUUGCAAAAACUAUCUAUUCACUCUGGUGGAAAAUUCUUCUACAUCGUAGAAGAUUUUAGUUCUGAAUACCCUGUCUCAAGCUUAACGUUGCUCUACGAAGCUUUCAGAUCGAUCUAUCAAGGAUUUUCGUGGAUGAAUCACAACCAUGUUUUGGUAGACAAAAUGACGUUUUACAAUGGUAAUUCUCCCAGAUAUUCUAUGUCUUUCACCAGUGACAAGAGCAUGAAGAAUUUUCAGGUUCUGCUCACAGGUCCUCAUUUCAUUAUGGGACCACCUGUCAUUAAAGAUAAAAUCCUCCUCAGUUAUGGAAAUGAGAGCUACGCGCCGGGACAUCCUUCAUUUGUAUAUAAAAUCAAAAUACCAGCCUAUGUAUUCCGUAUCGAAGAUCCGCAGCCUGGCACUUGGACUCUGUCUUUCGAAAGAAAACCUGGUUACGACAAUCCGUUAGUCGUCAUGAUCAGAUCAUCAACCAAACGUUAUAAUGAAAUUAUUAACCUUCAGCCUUGGCUUGCAGUAGAAGAUACAAUAAAAAGCAGCAAACCAAAGCAUCCUCCAGUCGCAAUGUAUGUCGAUGUAAGAAAGGGUAAUCAACCCAUCACCAAUGUUAAAGUUACAGCUCAUAUUUCCCAACCGAACACUAACAAGGAAAUUCUCUUAGAAUUAUACGAUGGUGGAGAAGGAGAUCCGGAUAUUACGAAAAAUGACGGGAUUUUUUCCAGGUACUUUAGAAAUACAUUAGAUACUGGAUAUUAUUUUUUCACUUUUGUUGUGGAGAGCUGGAAUACUUCGAUGAAGCAUCAGACUCAACCACAAGCAAUAAAAAAUUCUCAUUGCUGUGGUAGUUCUAUUCCCGUGAAUUUGGCUUAUGACUCCGGAUCGUUCAAGAGAGUUGCUUCAUAUAGAAGUUUCUAUUUAAACAAGGAAAAAUUAGAAACGCAUUUUCCACCAAGAAGGAUAAACGACCUUAGGGUGGAUUCAAUUCAGAUUUCUGAAAACAAUGUCACAUUCUAUGUCUUAAAUUGGACUGCGCCAGGAGAUAAUUAUGACACUGGCACUGCUGCCAAUUACGAACUAAGAGUAUUUCGCAGCCGAGAUGAUACCUACAGUGGUUUCGAUACGCAUUACGUACAGUAUAUUGAUAUGUGGAGUGUUCACGGCUCCGUAUUUAUACCUGCAGUAGCGGGAACGAUUCAGAGUGCGAUUGUAGAACUGAAGAAUCUUUCCAGCGGAAUUUACUACUUAGCCAUGCGAGCUGUUGCUUUCACGGGUGCUAAAGGAGAUAUUUCGAACAUUGUAGAGAUAAUGUACACUAAGCCUGACAUCAUGGAUCCUUCGAUUAAUCCUACAGGAAUUGAGCCAAUUACAGGAGAUCCCAAUGGAAUCACAGAGUCAAAUGAAAGCAGUCGAUACAUGCUUUCGGACAACACACGAUUAGCCAUCGGACUAUCUUGUGGCAUUCUUUUCAUAUUUCUGAUAACAGGCUUGAUUCUUUAUUUUUAUUUAGCGCGCUAUCGUAAACAUAAAAAGGAGCCCCAAACUGCUUUAAGUCAGAAUACACAGAAGAUCGAGUCGAAUGAUACUUUAUGCAGAAGUACAGGUAAUGGAAAUAUAUCUAUCAUCAGUCCAGUGAAUUCGUGGGCAGCGGAUUCUCUACUAACUCAUUACGAAACUCUGAAGAAAGAUAAAAAUUCUGGUUUUAAAGGCAAAAUGGUGGCACCUUCGGCAAAUGCAUCCGAUAGUACUUCCAUAGCUUCAAGUAAAUAUUCUUAUAAUGAAAAAAUGAAUUCUCCAGCUUCAUUCUAUGACUCUGUGUAUUUCAACCAAUAUGAAGACCGUGAUGAUGUUAAUUACCCUUACAAUCCACGCUUUGUGCCAUUUAAUCCUACUUAUACUUCUUCUUUAAGAAGACCGCCUACUGUAAAUACGCUUCAACAGUAUCCUCCAAACAAUGUAAACUUUUACGAUAGUGCAACUCUUAAUGGAAGGCGAACAUAUCAACUCAAAACUGAUGUUUGAUUAAUAAUUAAAAGACUGAUGAAAGUAACAUUUCAUUUUUAUGUGUAAAUGAAUACAUUUUUAUGAACUGAAGAAUUUCAUUUUUAUCAUAUUCACAUAUUAUCACGCUUAUUUCUGGAUUCAACAGUCAAGAAUCAAACUUAUGUGAAAUAACAGAAAAGAAUAUUCGAGUAUAACGGAACAGAAUUAGUCACUUACUCAAGAACUAAUAUCAAAAUUAUAAAAAUUCUACUCUAAGAAAGUUCAAAGUGACUUAUUAAGCAUUAUUUCAUAACUUUAAAUGAUAAGGAUUGCUCGAGUAAAAAUUACUUCUCUUAAACAAAAA